UGACGUGUAGGAGCGUUGCGUGAACAAGUGGUGACUGGAGUAGAGAAAUACCACAGAUAGAUGUUAAUGUGUCGUGUGUUGAACAUUAACCACAACGUACUUGUUUUAUCACGCUGUUAUAUUCUCGAGGUAAAAAAAAAAUAAACAAUAACUAAAACACGUAAUUUUUAAACUCGGCAAUAUUAAUUUUUACACGUUACAGAGAGCUUUCUCUGCUGGUGGAUCAGAAAAAAGGAAGAAAGGACGUAAUUUAACAGGACAAAAAAAGAAUUAAAGAUAUAAAACGGAGACAGGGAUGUGGAAGGGCCACCGGGGAUUGACGCUAUAUAUCCUGGUGUUGUAUAUCCUUCUGUAUACAAUGAGUCCGGCGGACACCGACGAGAGAUCUCUGUCCAGAAGAAAACGUUACGUAGUUUUUCCGGAAGGCUCGAGCUUCUCCAUUGCACUGUGCAUGACGAUCCACACACUGACGCCCGACAAUAUAUUUACCGAGGGUUUGAAUUGGGGAAUAUCUUACGAUCUUCCAAACGAAAGCAAACCGUCAUUGGAUCCGUUGCUGGAAAUUCGCCGUCAGGAUCGUCGACCGGGUGAUUCAAUAAAGCACCGUCAUCCUGCGUUGCUCGAGACAGAUCAAUGGAUUCUCAAUGGAAAUUCUGAUUCGAUUCGCUACGGAAAUCCGAAUAAGGGAACUUACGGCAACAAUGCAGUUGACAAUUUUAAAAAGAACUAUAAAAAUAAAGAACCCAUCGGCAAGAGCAAGAUCGGGAAGAUCCACUAUCGGAAAUCGGAUUACGACUACUUUAAACGACGACAUCGGCGGGAACUUUAUAACAAACUCGAGGUCAUUAUAGACGCAAUGGGUUACAAUGGGCGUACUUGCAUCCUUCGAGCCUUGUGUGAAGCUGCUCAGACUUUGAUGCCUAAGGGGAAUACUCUGCUGGAGGAAAUGAUGAGGAUAGUUUUCUCGAUGCCUUUGAAACGAGCGGUCUUGUCUCAUGAACCCAAAGAACAUCACAUAUACACGGAAGCACACCGAGCUGGGUUUGAGGGCGCCAGUUGCGAGUCCAGGUUCUCAGGAUGCUCAUUUUCACUGAUAGACAUGGCCUGGGGCAAAUACAACUCCAAGUACCACGAAUACAACACCGACACUGAAUCUAAUAGUCUUAAUGUUCAUCAAGCUACGGACAAUCCUGUUGGAAACUCUUUGAUGAUAUAUAACAUGAAAUAAUAAUAAUCUAUAUUAUUAAGAGAAUAAGCAAAAUUUUGUGGCCAGUGUAUUUAUAUGAUAA